GCAAGGUCGGGGAAGCAUCCUUUGACUGUAAACACCGAAAUCGACCAGCCACGGGAUCAAUUAACAUUACAAAGACAUUUCACAGCUUAAAGACCGAGGAUUGACUCGGCUAUUUUACUUGCGCCGAGGAACAUCAGUUGGACCUGAAAGCAGACACCUUCCUCUUACUGAGGUUGUUGAGUGAGCUAGCAUUCUCCAUUUGUGUCCGCAUGUCUGGAGUCGUGCUGCCAGUUACAACGAGGUAAAGCGGCAGUCGCCCUCACAGAAUUUGAGGGCACGUUUCCUGUGAACGAGCAUCCAGGCGGUCUUUCACCAUCAGGGAAAGUGAACGGGAUUGUGCCUGCGAGUUCUAUGUUCGGGACAUCUGGCACAGGGGCUGUAACAUCAGUUUAGUGUAGUUGUCGCGAUCGGUCACGGGUCGAGUCUAACAUUUAGCUCGCUAUUGUUUUUAAAAUCCCACCCUCUGCUGAUUGGUAACGUUAAUAUUUGCCAUGUCAGACCCAGCGUCGCCGGCUGACUCUCCCGCCCUGGGAGAUCAUGCCCCGCCAGAAUCCGAGGGGCUGACCGUGGACGGUGGAUUGAAACCUGCUGGUCCGACACCAAGCCAGAGUCGGUUUCAAGUGGAUAUCGUGACAGAAGCAGGCGGUGGAGGUGAUAAAACACCCGGCUCGGAUGCUUCUACAAACGCAUCUGGCGAUAAAGCCGCUCCCGUCGCCGAGGAAGCAGCUAGCGGCGAGGAGGCGAAGGGCAGAUUUCGGGUAGUGAACUUUGUGGAUCCAAGCGGGGCUGAUAGCCCACCAGACGGUGUGGCCCCGGAGGGCUUCCAGAAUGGAGACACCGUCAUGAGUGAAACUAGCCUGCAUUCGUCCACCGGAGGCCCGCACCAAUAUCACUAUGACACCCACACCAACACCUAUUACCUGAGGACUUUUGGUCAUAACACCAUUGAUGCGGUGCCGAACAUCGACUUUUACCGGCAAACUGCAGCGCCCUUGGGCGAGAAGCUGAUUAGACCCACCCUAUCGGAGCUGCAUGACGAGUUGGACAAGGAGCCGUUUGAAGAUGGCUUCGCCAACGGAGAAGAGCUGACCCCGGCCGAGGAGACGGCAGCCAAGGAGGCGGCCGACUCUAAGGGCGCGGUGAAGUUCGGAUGGAUCAAAGGCGUGUUGGUGCGCUGCAUGUUGAACAUUUGGGGGGUGAUGCUGUUCAUCCGCAUGACAUGGAUCGUUGGCCAGGCGGGAGUCGUGUACUCCUGCCUUAUUGUUGCCAUGGCUACCGUGGUGACCACCAUUACUGGCGUCUCAACAGCUGCGAUUGCGACGAACGGCUUUGUACGAGGAGGAGGGGCCUACUACUUGAUAUCAAGAAGUUUGGGUCCCGAGUUUGGAGGAUCCAUUGGCCUGAUCUUCGCCUUCGCCAACGCUGUGGCGGUAGCCAUGUAUGUUGUGGGCUUUGCUGAAACGGUGGUGGAGCUUCUCAGAUCACAGGAUGCUCUCAUGAUAGACGCGGUCAGUGAUGUUCGGAUCAUCGGAGUCAUCACGGUCAUUCUCCUCCUGGGUAUCUCUGUCGCAGGGAUGGAGUGGGAAGCCAAGGCCCAGAUCUUCCUACUAUUCAUCUUGAUCUCUGCCAUCUUCAAUUACUUCAUCGGCUCUUUUAUCCCCAUAGAGUCGAAGAAAGCCUAUGGCUUCUACGGUUAUGACGGUAAUAUCCUGUUGGAGAACCUGACUCCGGACUUUCGAGGCGAGACGUUUUUCUCUGUGUUUUCAAUCUUCUUCCCAGCUGCCACUGGCAUUCUUGCCGGUGCCAACAUCUCAGGAGAUCUUGCAGAUCCACAGCAGGCCAUUCCAAGGGGAACGCUUCUUGCCAUUCUCAUUACUGGGGUGGUUUACUUGGGUGUGGCCGUCUCCACAGGCGCCUGCAUUUCUCGUGAUGCCCCUGGACCUGAUAUCACACUGAACAUGACGCAAGGGAUUACCAACUGCACCGAUUUCUCCUGCAUCGACUUCUCUUAUUGCAAACCUUCAAUGGGGAACGUUGAAUCCUCUUGCAAGUAUGGCCUUCACAAUGACAUGCAGGUCAUGAGCACGGUGUCUGGCUUCUCCCCACUCAUCACUGCCGGCAUCUUCUCAGCCACGCUCUCGUCUGCCCUGGCCUCCCUGGUCAGCGCCCCCAAAGUGUUCCAGGCUCUAUGCAAAGACAAUAUCUACCCAGGAAUCGGCUGGUUCGGCAAGGGCUUUGGCAAGAACAAUGAGCCCUUGAGAGGCUAUAUUCUCACCUUCUUCAUCGCCCUGGCUUUCAUUCUCAUUGCGGAGUUGAACGCCAUCGCUCCAAUCAUCUCAAACUUCUUCCUGGCCUCGUAUGCCCUGAUCAACUUCUCUGUGUUCCAUGCUUCCCUCGCCAACUCUCCAGGCUGGCGUCCCAGCUUCAAGUACUACAACAUGUGGGUGUCUCUGGCCGGGGCGGGCCUGUGCUGCGUCGUCAUGUUCGUCAUCAACUGGUGGGCCGCCCUGCUCACCAACGUCAUUGUGAUGUCCCUCUACAUCUAUGUCAGCUACAAGAAGCCUGAUGUCAACUGGGGAUCCUCCACUCAGGCGCUGACCUACCACCAGGCCCUGACCCACAGCCUGCAGCUCUGUGGAGUGGCCGACCACGUCAAGACCUACAGACCUCAGUGCCUGGUGAUGACCGGUGCUCCUAAUGCUCGGCCAGCUCUGCUCAACCUGGUGCACGCCUUCACCAAGAACGUGGGCCUGAUGGUCUGCGGACACGUCCGUAUCAGCAACCGCAAGCCCAACUUCAAAGAGCUGAACAACGACCUGGUGCGCUACCAGCGCUGGCUCCUCAACAGCAACUCCAAGGCUUUCUACACACCUGUACUGGCUGAGGACCUGAGACAGGGCACACAGUACCUGCUGCAGGCGGUUGGACUGGGUCGGCUCAAGCCCAACACCCUGGUGAUUGGUUACAAGAACAACUGGAGGGAGGGAGACCUGAAGGAGGUGGAAACCUACGUCAACCUCAUCCACGAUGCCUUCGACUUGCAGUACGGCGCCGUGAUCCUGAGGCUAAAAGAAGGCCUGGACGUCUCCCAUAUCCAAGGACAAGACGAUACUUCAGUGAUGAAGGACAUGGUGGUGUCCAUCGACAUGAGCAAAGACUCGGACGGCGACUCCUCCAAGCUCUCCUCCAAAGCCACCAGCGUUCAAAACAGCCCCGCCGUCCAGAAAGAUGAUGACGACGACGGCAAAGCCCCUACCCAGCCCCUGUUGAAAAAAGAUAAGAAGAGCCCGACCGUGCCUCUGAACAUCGCCGAUCAGAAGCUGCUGGAGGCCAGUCAGCAGUUCCAGAAGAAGCAGGGCAAAGGCACCGUGGAUGUGUGGUGGCUGUUCGACGAUGGCGGUCUCACCCUGCUCAUCCCAUACCUGCUGACCAACAAGAAGAAGUGGAAGGACUGCAAAAUCCGUGUCUUCAUCGGCGGCAAGAUUAACCGCAUCGACCACGACCGCAGAGCGAUGGCUACGCUUCUCAGCAAGUUCAGGAUAGACUUCUCCGACAUCAACGUCCUCGGGGAUAUCAACACCAAGCCCAAGUCGGAGAAUGUGGCUGCCUUCACCCAGCUGGUUGAGCCGUAUCGACUGAAGGAGGACGACAUGGAGCAGGAGGCGGCCGAGAAACUCAAGGCUGAGGAGCCCUGGAGGAUCACAGACAACGAGCUGGAGCUGUACAAGGCCAAGAGCAAUCGUCAGAUAAGGCUGAACGAACUGCUGAAGGAACACUCAAGCACAGCAAACCUCAUUGUCAUGAGCAUGCCCCUGGCCAGGAAGGGGGCCGUGUCCAGUGGUCUGUAUAUGGCCUGGCUGGAGACUCUGUCCAAGGACCUCCCUCCCAUGCUGCUGGUGCGUGGCAACCACCAGAGCGUCCUGACCUUCUACUCUUAAGAAGAAAGCACACUCUCCAAAGCACACGCACACACACACACACACACACACACACUACUUCAGGCACGCACACACACCUCCACCCUACCCGCUGUCUUGACCCUUCACAGCUCCUCCUCAUCACACACACACACACACACACACACACACACACACUCUCUCAAGACACUCACGGGAAUGAAGACGAGCAGCCGGUGUGAUGAUGUAAUGGUGGGAACGACAUUAAUAAUGGUGGUGGUAGGAGACCGUACCUCUGGGACACUGGAGGGAGGGGUGGGGGUUAGUAAGGUCCAACUGUAUGGCGUCACCGCAGUUGGCCAUUUUGGUUCCCGUGGAAACGCAGGGUACGUUCUGCACCCCUGUUCCAUCUUGUUCAUGGAAGAGGCGAUGAGAACAAUCUUCAAAGGUCAAUUUAUUUUUAAUUUAAUUGUUUUUUUGUUUUUUUUCCUCAUUCUUGUCAAUUUUUCUUUAUUUGUGUUCUCAAAGAAAGGCACCUGAAUAUGCAGAGGUCAUGCUUGAUAAGAUUGUUAUUAUUAUUGAUAUGAUGAUUAUCGUCAUUUUUAUUUUUAAUACUUCAACGACAAUUUUAAUUACCGUCACUGUCACUGUUUCUAAGUUCUUUUUCAUUUUUUUUUUUGCUGCAGUAAUCAGCAAUAACCACCCUUGUUUCCUUUUGCCUCACAUGGAAGAGAACCAUACAGAAUGCUUUUGCAACACCAUUUAUAGCCUUAAAGACGUGCCUUCCAGUUCAAUCAAAUUACAUUAUUAUUAUUAUUAUUAUUAUGAUAAAAAACAAAACACUUUUUGCCCUUGAUUGAUAAACAUGUGUAAACGAAUGAAUUAUUUUUAUUGGGUUUUAACUUGUUUAUGUUUUUAUUUAUUUAGGGUUGGGUUUUUUUAUGCGAGUGGACUUUUGACGUUUCACUUUGACAAAACUGCUCCACUUCUAAGCAUAAAAAAAGCUUUAUUUCUUCUGGUGGGAAUUAUUUGUGUGCGAUUGCCUCGAAUUUGGUUUUUCUUUUCUGUACUUCAUGUAACUUUGGGUCUUCCGCUAGAAGCUGUGAUGGGAUGAGGUUAACGUUCACUGUACAGUGCCCUCCAAUACCUUUAGUGAUGCUCGAAAAGGAGUUAGCUAACGCUCGGAUGACCGACACCAUCCUCUUCCUGCUGUAUUGAUGUUGGGAUAAUGUCCAUACUGUAGGACUAUUUAAGUAUACUGUAGGACUGUUUUGAGUAUACUGUAGAGCCUAAAGGCAGUUUUGAAGAGCAAUGUUUUUUUUGUUUUGCUUGUUUUGUUUUGACUGUAUUGUUUUGCCUGUAGAGAAGAGCUACCAUUUGUUUGCUGAAAGAAUGGAUUGCUGUAGGGCCAUCGAAGCUGCUAGCAUUAUGAGAGGAGUUCCAAAAACAACAACAAACAAAAAAGCAAAAAAAAAAAAAAAAACAAGCAAAGUCUGAAGCCUCCUUGUCAGUGGCCUCCUUGUUAAAACACAACUCAUGAACAAACAGGUGUGUUAGCAAACAACCAUGACUUUGCCUUAAAAACAUAGAAGUAAUGAUUGUUUGUGUAACUCAUUUCCCCUCAUAUAAAUAUAUAAGCCAUACUGGCUGAUUCAAUAGCAGGUCAAAUGCAAGUAGUAGCUAGUGCAAUUAGGUGCAAAGGUAGAAUGUAAUGUCUUUGUACAUUAUCCCCUCAACACCUGAAACAAUAUGUAAAUAUAAUAUACGGUAUGAACUCAAAUACUACAUUUUUAGACUUCGCCCAUUGUCAGAUUGAUAGCUUUUCUGCUCAGUGAAGUUUGGCUACAGACAUGCACGCUGUGUAGACCACAUAGGCACACUGGUGGAGGUUGUUGGUCCAAGUCAGGACAACCUAACUGGUGUUUUGUGUCGCGUUGUGUGAAACUGUAAAAGGCGUUUCACUUCUGUGGUUGAAACUUCGGGCUCUCGAGCCACACCUCGCUGUUUUUUUUACAUUUUUUUUUGUUUAUCUUUCAGUUUUUAGCAUGGUGGUGUGGUGGGGGUGAGUUGCGUUUUUCAUGCCAUAUUUGCAGAUUCAAAGAUGUCGUUGAGCGGGGUAGCGAUGUUGGUCGAAGCUAACAUACGAAUGUUGCACACAGUGAGCAGCCUCUGAAUCCAAUGGAUACAUACCUCUAUGCAGGUGAACUGUUGCUGGCGCUUAAAGUAGUUUUUUUCUAUUAUUAUUAUUACAGCUCCGCUCACCUUAAUAUUUUUCCAACUUUGGAGCUUCUAUACCCAUACUGUGGGUUUGUCCUUAACAUGGCUUUUUUUCUGUCGGCACGUCCAAGUGCCCAGAAGAGUCAAAAUCUGUCUUUCCAGGAAGGUUCUCGAAAAAGUUUUAUUUUUUACCUCAGAGCUCUCUGGUUGGUAUGUCACUGAGCUGAUUCCCUGGGGUGAAAAGCAGCUCAACGACGAUACAAUCAACUUUUAUGUUAGUGUUAAAACUCUGCCAAACUCCCCUCUUGUGUUGCUGUUGCUCGAGAAUGGGUUCUGUCUCUUCAUUGCUCUGUGCUGUGUAACUGUAGUCGGGGAGUGGUGCUCUCCCGGUGUAGUGUAUAAUGCUGUACUGGUUGCCCAGGUCAGAGUCGAAGAACUGAUUUCCUAGUUUUCCUCACCUCGGGUAAAGAAUGUCCGUGUUACUGUAAGGGAAGGGUCCGUCUUUUUGAAUGUAAACUCUCCAUAGUCACAAAAAAUAUUUAAGAAUGGGUGAAAAGACAGAAAAGCGCAGUGGCACUGGGUUAUUAGCUAUUAUUAUUCGUUGUUUCUAGUUUCUCCAUUUUGUUGUCUUUCCUCUUUGUAGAGGGGCUACUUGUUUCCCUCACAACAUAGUUCCGGUCACAUUUGGCAAACCCAGUACAGUGCAAUGUGUGUCACUAUUUUGACCUCUUUUUUUUUUUUUUUUGUCCAGUCUCUUUGUCUAUAUGGGUAACUUACACAGUUGCACCCCAUCAAUUCAUGUUCCUUAGGUAACAAAGUAAAAUACAAAUAUGCCAUGUGAUUUUUAAAACUAGUGUCUGAAUGAGUAUAGUCAUAUUUAUAGUCACUCUAUAUUCUAGUGUUUCAAAUAAAGAUGUACUUUGAAGUAUGUGCACAAGCAUGUAGUUACAUUCUGUCUUUUAUUGAUAUAUGUAUUUAUAUAUGUUAAAUAUAUAAAUAUAUAUAUAAUGUGUGGGGAUUGUAAAGAUUCUUUUUCAAAUUUCUGAUGGUACAAUCAAUCAAAGAUUUUCUGUGUGUUGCUGUAUAGCACUCAAGAACAUCCUCCCCACAAAAUAGCAACAGAUCAUGUGUAACCUGUUUAAAUUAUUGAACCAUUAUAUUCAUAUAUAAAUAUAUAUAUAUAUAUAUAUAAACAUAAAGACAAUUGGGAGAGGACAUUUUUCUUUUGUUUUUGGAGAUGUCGAAGUAAACACGCUACGGUUAUGUGUCCCAACCAAAUACUGUGUGUGUGUGUGUGUGUGUGUAUACGUGUGCAUUCUUCAUUGAUAUGUAGAUACACUUGAUUGAGGAGAGGAGGCAGACGGAGUGGGUGGGGUGUGUGUGUGUGUGUGUCUGCCGUCAUUCGGGCGACGGGGAGACAAGGGGCAGGGGCAAGACACAAACAAUGUCUGUGUGCUCGUCACUUUUUCUACCACUUCCCUAUCAACCCUACUCCCCAGUCCUCCACCCUCUCCUCUCCUCCUCUCUUCAAGCUUCCAUUUGUAGCCAAAGCAACCACCCCCCCCCCCAACCCUUACCCCUCCCGACCCCUUAAUCUUCCCAAUGCCAUCCCAGUCUGCGUCAGUCUUGGCAACGAAUGGUAAUUAACAGUGGAAUUGUUAAGUUAAAUAAGCAAUGGACAACCUCAUAACCCUUGAACUCUAUCUCCUCUUCAGCCCCCUCCCCCUCCCCUUCCCCUCCACCUCCAGUUCACACUGCAACUCUUAACUAACUUGUAAAUAACUUCUAGUCUAACAAGAGUAAAUUAAGGGAGUGGAAUCGCUUAAUGACAUUAAUAUGGAGAAAGAAAUAUUUAUUUUAGUUUAGACUUCUCCAAGUUUUUAUUAUUAUAAUUAUAAUUUUUUUUUUCUCUCGUAUGUUUUCUUGUUCUCUUUUGUUCGAAAUUUAAAUUGCAUGUUGAUUUUUCGUUUUGAUCUUUCUCUCUCUAGUCCCUGUGCAUUUCUAUCUUUUAUAUGCCUUUGAAAAGAAAUCUAUGUUGACGAACGGUUAAAAACGAUGUCUCUUCCUGCUCUACCAUACAGAUGGAUACAAUCCGUCAAGCUGGGACAGUAAUUUUUUUUGAUAUACUGUACUGUUAACCGUCACAGAUAUGCUUUUUCUAACAUUUUAACAUUUAAAGUUCCCAAUACUUUGUACAUCUUUAUUGCAAUAAAUAAAGAAAUCAAUCGAAAUGAAUCCUA